AUUUGCCCUCAAGAAAGAGACAAAAUAAUCAAAAAUUGGCGAAUGAACAAGAUCAAAGAAUCGGGAAACUAAUCAAUGAAAAUCGUGGUGACGAAGAUGAAAACUGCCUAGAGGAAGAUAAUAUAGGAGAAUAUGAAUACCGCUUAGAGGAAAAUAAUAUAGCGAAUCAAGGAAUUAGACAACAUAUUACUGAAAUUUGUAGUGAUGAAGAUGACUAUCGUUUAGAGGAGGAUAAUAAUUAUGAAGAAACAUUGG